CACUUCCGCAGUUGUCAGUUGGUCUCCACUCCCCUCCACCAACUAUACUAUAAUUUAUUUUUGCUGUUUUGUCUCGGUUUUCUUCUCCUCAAUUCAUCUAUAAUGGAGUCCAGCAGAUUGUUGAUACCACCGUUGUUCGAGAUCUAGGGUUUGUGUGUUUUCUCCACAUUUCUGUAUCAGUAAUCUCAUUGGGGAGUUCUUGUCUUCCACUUACUCCGUUUGUUUAAAUAGUUUUGCUAAGUUUUAGUUCUGGCUUCUUGGCAUAUUCUUUUAAGUGACUCUUGAAAAAUGGCGGGGAAUUCCACGUUCAUCUGUGCACCUAUAAUGGGCCAAUCCGUUGAUCAGAUGUUGAUCAAUAUGGGUAAGGCGAAGGCAGCUGGUGCAGACCUCGUUGAGCUCAGGUUGGACUAUAUAAAGAACUUCAAUCCUUACCAAGAUCUCGAAGUCAUGAUUAAACAGUGUCCUUUGCCCACGCUUUGCACAUACAGGCCAAAAUGGGAAGGUGGUGAAUUUGAAGGUGAUGAGAAAAGACGAACAGAUGCACUUCGGUUAGCCAUGGAACUGGGAGCUGAUUACAUUGAUAUUGAGCUUCAGGUUGCUCAUGAAUUCAUCAAUUCCAUAUGUGGAAGAAAGCCUCAAAACUUGAAAAUUAUAGUUUCUUCUCAUAACUAUCAGAAUACUCCAUCAGUUGAGGGUAUUGGCGACCUGGUUGCAAGAAUACAAGCUACUGGAGCAGACAUAGUUAAGAUUGCAACAACUGCAUUGGAUAUCACAGAUGUGGUACACAUGUUUCAAAUAACUGUCCAUUCCCAGGUUCCAAUAAUAGGACUGGUUAUGGGCGAGAGGGGUUUAAUUUCACGGGUACUAUGCCCCAAGUUUGGUGGAUAUCUCACUUUCGGAACACUUGAGGCUGGAAAGUUAUCAGCUCCAGCACAACCAACAAUCAAAGAAUUGCUGAAUUUCUACAAUUUCAGACAGUUGGGACCUGACACAAAAGUAUUUGGUCUUAUUGGGAAUCCUGUAGGUCACAGCAAAGGGCCUCUUUUGUACAACACAGCAUUUAAGUCAAUUGGUUUUAAUGGUGUUUAUGUGCCCUUUUUGGUCGAUGAUGUAGCAAAAUUUUUUGACGCCUACUCAUCCCCUGAUUUUGUUGGGUUCAGGUUUAAUCCAGAUAAAUGGUGGCGGAUUAACCAAUCAAAUUGUACAAUUCCACACAAGGAAGCUGCACUUGAACGCUGUGAUGAGGUUGAUCCAAUUGCCAAGUCCAUAGGAGCUGUUAAUAUGAUUAUUAGGAAUCCAAGUGAUGGAAAGUUAUCUGGUUACAAUUGUGACUAUAUUGGAGCUAUUUCAGCUAUUGAGCAUGGACUAAGAGGUUCACAUGAUAUACACAAUACAGUCAGUUCACCUUUAGCUGGUAAGCUCUUUGUAGUCAUUGGAGCUGGUGGUGCCGGUAAGUCACUAGCUUAUGGUGCAAAAGAAAAGGGAGCAAGAGUUGUAAUUGCCAAUCGCACUUAUGAACGAGCCAAACAACUUGCCAAUGUGAUUGGAGGAGAGGCCAUACCUCUAGAUGAACUAGGUGACUUCCAUCCAGAGAACAAGAUGAUCCUGGCAAAUGCAACACCUAUAGGAAUGCAACCAAAAGUUGAUGAGACACCCAUACCUAAGAAAUCUUUGAGAUUUUACUCCCUGGUUUUCGAUGCUGUUUACACACCAAAAAUUACCAGACUCCUUCGAGAAGCAGGAGAGUCUGGAAUCACUGUUGUUACUGGAGUGGAGAUGUUCAUCAGACAGGCAUACGUACAAUAUGAAAACUUCACUGGUUUGCCAGCUCCAAAGGAACUUUUUAGGGAAACCCUGGCAACACACGCCUGAAGGAGGAUUAAAUCAUUGGGGCGGACCCUACUCAAGUUCUAAUUCUAUAGUUUGAUUCCUGCCUAAUUGUGCAAACUGCUAAUUUGUUGUGUACUUUUUGAGAAAUGAUAAUUCUCUGAUUCUCUCUUUGUAUGCCGGCUUAAGUAAUGUGUUUGAGUAAUGUAUCUUUUAUUAUUGUGAUGGAAAGAACAAUUGAGGUUUUUUUUAGAUAGAUGAACAAUUGAGUAGAGAUAGACACAGAAUAACGGAGAAGACUACUUCAAGAGGCGUAGGUCCUUCUUAAGACAAUGACGAAGAGUUGUGUUUGGUAUCAUUGUUGCUUCUACCUAGGUUGAACAAUACAAAUUGUACGCAACCGUUAUUUGAGGCUGUUUA